AUGAUUCCUCGCACAGCAUCCCGGGCGCUCCUUGCAUCCGCUAGACCAUCGGUUCGCUCAUCGAUUCCCCGAGCUAGCGCCAUUCGCCCCGCCGUGUCGCCCUUCUGCCGCUCCUUCCAGUCUUCCCCGGCAAUCCGCAAGGGAAUUCACCCAGAGUCCGCGAACCCCCCAGCUCCAAACCCACAGUCUGCGCCCGUGGCCGGAGCUGCUUCUCAUGUCACCGACCCGUCACCAUUGACACCCGAGGAAUACUACGAGUACUCUGAGCACUACUUCAACGUGCUGCUAGCUCACCUGGAAACGGCGCAAGAGGAGGGUGCCGACAUCGAAGGUGAAUACAGUGCUGGCGUUCUUAACGUUUCCGUUCCCGCAAUUGGCACAUUCGUGCUCAACAAGCAACCACCCAACAAGCAGAUCUGGCUCAGCUCACCCAUCACUGGGCCUAAGCGCUUUGACUGGAUUGUCGAGGGCGAUUACAUGCAUGAGAAGCAGGAUUCGCGACCCUUUGUCAAUGGACAGUGGAUUUACCUGCGUGAUGGGACUAACUUGACUGAUCUGCUGAACUCCGAGUUGACUUUGCGUCUACCCAAGGAUAUUUACAGUGAAGUUGUUGAAUAA